AUGACGCCUGAUGUCCUUGACAGUUCCGCUGCAAGUGACGAGCCGAUUGGGGUCGAAGAAUCUGCUGCAACCACUGAUCCGAUGAGCUCCGCGUUUGCGCUUGAUGUCGUCAACAAUUUUGCUGGAAGUGGCGACCCAAUUGGGGCUAUUCCGUUUCCGACCACUCGAGUUGAAACACCAAUAGUUGAUGAAACGACCGCGGUUGGUACGAUUGCUGGACUUUAUCAGCGGAUCGCAUCCCAGCAGGAUCUUUUGGAUAGCUAUCGCGAUCUGGAGCAAGCGUUGCGGGAGAAAACUCGGAGGGGUGAUCGACUAGAACGGGAACUCCGUUCUCUUACCGAGUCGGUCUAUCUUUUUGUGAUCUUCGCUUAA